CGUAGCUUGAAUGAAGCACAGAGACCUGCCAUCUAUGGACUGCUGAUUUUUUUUUUAAAGCUGUUAUUUUCUACAGGAGUCAAAACUAAAGCUUCAAACCAAAAUGGACAUUUAAAGGGCUGAAGCUGUUCAGUAUUAACCAGGACAGAACAGAAAUAAACGCCUCCUCCACCUCAGAUACUGCAGCAACCUUUUAUGGAUUAAAAAACAAGCGCAAAGAAGCUGUUACUAAAUACUUUGUAAGACUGAAACCAAAACAGCUUCUGGAAUGACCUUUUCAGAGUGAAUUUUUUUAUUUUUUUGCAUGCAGGCAGGAAGUAAUAUACACAUUGUUUCCCUUUACAUCACCCUAGCCUUAUGAUCUCCAAGAUAAAGAGCAGAUCCUUUUCUUGGAAGGAAAAGUAAUCUGUGGGCUGCAGACUGAGACGCAAACAAAAAGCAUGUUCUGCUGACCAAAAUAGAAGAGGAGAGGAAGAGAAGAGAAAAAUCUGGGAAGGGGAACAACUGGAGAGUUUCACCGCCCUCUGCUCCACAUCUUUGGUUGUUUUCUCAACGGGAAUUCUUCCAAGGGACGUUGAAUUUGACCCUCUGGGGGGUCCAAUCAGACUGAGAUAAACACUUCAUGAAGGAAGAAAGUCAGAGAAAACUCUUUACGCCAUUUCAGCCACCCGCUUUGGGACAGAAAACAUCUGCAAAAGGAGUCAUGCCUGGAGGCAGGAACCUGAAGCACUGAAGUGUUUUUUAACGUUCUCAGGUUUUAAGGUGUUUAAACAUUUUUGUUGACGAGCAGACUCACAUUGAAGGAUCGGAUUCUGAUAACGAUGGAGAAAGCACAUACAUCUAUAAGGAGGGGAGAGAGCUGGAGUCCAGGAGGAUUGAGAAAACCUAAUGAGUCAAAGCAAGAAACACACCCCUCUGAGACUGACUACAACACGUCCUGGGAGAAAACGGGAUUCAGCGAACAGCACAUGAGUCGGAAAACAAAUCUGAGCAGGAGUGCCAGUUUGUCAGAGAAGGAGCUGAAGGAGGCAAGACUGAAGAGUCACAUUAUCGCCGCUCAACUUACCAUCCCCUCCAACUCAGGCUCCAGCUCCAGGGGUGUGCAGCUUUUCAACCGGCGCAAGCAGAGAGUAAAUGCAUUCACCUUUGAAAGCUGUGGACAAGGGACAGAGGUGGACAAAACUGAGAAUGUGAAAAGCGAUUCCUCGUCUGACAAGCAAACCUGGGCAGAGAGGAGCAGUGAGGAAAAGGACGGAGACCUGAAUCUGAAGAACAAUAAGACACAUUUCUUGCCAGCUGUAAGCACUCAUUCAGUUGGUGACAUAAUGGAUGAGCAAAGUAAGAAUUUCAUCAAAGAAGAAGACGUGGAGAACAGCGCUAUCCAGGAAAGUCAUUUCCUACCUGUCAAAGAGGAGCCGGAAGAAGAGGAAGAGAUAAAGGAUAACAUUCAUAAGGAUUUAGAGGACUAUACUACAAACGAAACUCCUCUGGGAAGUAAUGACUCUCAUCCAGCUGUGAUGGCACACAUUGAAGGGAUGACAGAGACAAAUGAAGGUCCCCAAGCUGCUGUUCUCACUGAAAAGGUUCCUAAUGGCUGUCAUAGUACCUCUGGUUUAGAGAGGAUCUCCUCAUUUUCCUCCUCCAAACAGACAGCUAACAUCAUCAACAGAACCGCUCGACCUUUUUUCUCCCCCCCAACGGUACGCUCUCCAGAGGUAGUCAGUCCUGCAAUAGAGAUCCCACCUCCACCAUCUUAUGCUACCCCUCCUCUUCCUCCUUCCACCCAGCCUGUCAUAUUCUCCCCUCCACCUCCACCACCAUCAUAUCCAACCCCUCCUCUGCCAGCCUUCACAAACCGGCCCUCACAGACUAUGUACUCAAGUCCCCCUCCAUUGUCCCCUGUCCUGUCUCCCUCAUGUUCUUCACCAUCUAACCUUCCUGUCUCCCUGCAUCCACCUGCGCUCCACUGUGGCCCUGCGACAGCCCCAAAACCAACUAAUUUUGUUCCACAACCCACUAGCGAGAGAAAGUUGAUUAUGCCAAUCAAAACCGGAAUACUAGAAGAAGGUGCAGCCAGAAGGGCAAACAAGAAGUCAAUGUUUACAUUUAAAGAGAAGCAAGUGGUUGCUCCAAACCCUGAGCUGCUGUCUUUGGUGCAGGGAGUGGAUGAAAGAAAGAAGCAUGGACACAGAUCAGUCCCUGAACCGGCAUCUGAAGAGGAGUUACUGGCUUUAGGAGCAGAGGCCUCAAACUUCUUUGCCAAAGAAGAGGAAAAGACAGAGGGAGCAAGAGCUCCAGAAUGGGCCUCAUGUCUCAAGAGCUCCAAGACCCGACCAAGGCUGAACCACCAUCCAGAGCAGACGCUCACAAACGUGUCGGGUAAAGGGGCUGAACUGUUUGCAAAGCGCCAGUCAAGGAUGGAGAAAUAUGUUGUUGAGAAUAAGAACCCGGGACAAAUGAGGUCUCCCUCUCCCACAAUGUCUUUGCCACCAUCCUGGGUUUACUCAUCAAACAUGCCAGGAAGGGUCAAAGCAAUUGCCAAGAACUCUGAAAUGAGCGCACAGAUCUCACAAAACCUAAAAGCCCAGCAAGUCGUGAGGCAAAAACCAAAACCAAAAGUUGCACUACCGGAGCCAGCUCCAGAGCCACCAACAACUUUAGAGAACGGUUGCUCCAAGAUAGAGAUGGACCUCGCCAGACACCGUCCCUAUCAGCUCAACUCUUCCCUCUUUGUCUUUAAUCCUGUCAAGGACCCACUCAGCACACUACCCAGAGGAGCACCUCAGGCCAAGAAUCCACUCAGCAACCAAAGUUUUUCCAGACAGACUUCUCUGCCCAACACCCCAACUUCACAAUUCAGUACCAUGUCUCCUCAACUACCAUUCACCUCCACAAGAGGAUCAGGACAUCCUUCAAAUCAGACUUCUCCGCAUCCAAGGAUUACUUCUCAAAUGUCUCCUUUUUCUCCAGAGCGAGUAUCCUCCCCACAGUGUGGAAUUCAGGCACCAAAGCCUACAUAUUCUGCCAAGAAGGCUGGAAUUAUACCACAGGAAUCAAAGGAUUCAUCCUGUGUGGACAUUACUGGCGAAGCCCACACCGCAUCCAGCACACCAAGCCUCACCAGACGCCUCAGCAGCCCGGCAAGCCAAACAACCAGACCGUGGCUCCCCAGCUUUCAAUCAAGCCAAUCACCGACCACCAUCAGUGGAUCCUUCCGCUCAGUCACGUCCCCUAUCAACUUAUCCAGUAAUGCAAGAUCACAGUCCUUUAUGUCCAAUCAGAACAGCCAGUUUUCCUCCGUCAACUCCACUUCUACACCUCCGCCUCCCAAAACAGCUACAGCCGCCUCUCCAUGCUCUCCGCCUUGGGGUUCAAGAUGUCAGUCCCCAGCUGUCAGCCAGUGUUCUACCACUGCAUCUAUUCCUUCUUUCAGACCCUCUGAAAACUCUAAAACCCAUUAUCCCAUUUCACCUCCAUGGGGUUCUAGAUGCCAGUCUCCAUCUGUAAGCAAUAAUAACAAGGCCCCCACUACUGCAUCUUUUCCCACGUCCAGGCCCUCCAUCACAUCUGUCACCAAUUCUCCAAUCUCGCCUCCCUGGGGAUCAAGGUGCCAAUCCCCAUCAGUGAGUCAGAAUACCCCAUCUUCCACCUUUUCCAUUGGUCCUACAUUCAGACCUUCCCAAACUCCCCCGUGGGAAUCAAGAUGUCAGUCACCAUCUGUAAACCAGAAUAAUCAAUCCUCCACCACCUCCGUCUCCCCAUCCAGACCUUUGCAAAUGUUUACAACCACAUCAAAUGUCUGCCCUCCAUGGGGUUCGCGCUCUCAAUCCCCUGCUCUGUUUCAAAGCAGUCCAUCCUUUCAUUCUACCGCCACCUCACCUCCUCCACAACAAAAGGACAGUCGCUGCACGUCCCAGAUCGCUAACAACCUAGAUUCAAAAGCAAAUCACAGACUCCUGGCAAAGAAUAUCAUCAAUGCAGCCAAACGUAAAAAUAGUCCCUCCCCUGGGGCACUGAGCGGCCAUGGCUUUCCCAUUUCACCUCUGGGAAACACCCAAAAUGACUGGCAACCACCCAUCAGCCCCUUUCAGCAAACACCCUCGGGGGCACAGUGUUCCACAUUCACGAGCUCUCCUCCUACGCCAACUCAGAGAAUCUGCUCCCCUGUAAAGCUCUACAGCACCCGCUCUCUCACCGACUCAGAUGCCUCCGUUGAGUCUGAGGACUCGGGCCUCAGGUCGCCCGGCCUGCACUCCUACAACACCUGUCCCCGCGGCUGGAGCAGCAGUCUGAGGGUGAAAAAAAGUACUGUCUCCACUGACCUGUGAGGUUCUGAUCCUACUGGAUGUUCAAUUUAAAGAUAAUUCCAGUAUUUAUAAACUAUUUUUGGCAAUGACCCGAUUUCCUUACAGUUCAGCAAAGCCUUUCAGUAAUUGUUGUGCCUAAACUGUAGUAGAUGUCAUAUCAAGAUAACUUUGGCUUUUUUAUAGAGCUCACAUUCCUUAUAUGCACUGACAAGAACAAGUUUUUUUUAUGAAACACAGUUCCUGUGGCUUGUACGCUUUUUAUAUACCAAAAAGUGCUAAAAAAACAAACAUAAUCAAAGCUUUUUAAUAGUCUCUGUUAUACAAUUGCAACAAACAAAUCUUCACAGUCACUGCUACAUUAGAUAUAUUUAGAGGUUUAAUAAAGGUCAUAACCACAAGCGACUUAGGGCAUAGAGUAGACACACAUAAAAAACACCAUUACAUUCAAGUAAGUAGGCAUUUCAGGGCUUGAGUUAAAGCAUUAUUAAUAUUCUGUAUUUAUGCCGUGCAUACAUCCAUCACAUUUGACCAUAAAAUCAGUUGCAUCGGAUUUCUUUUGUUCUCGACUGUAUGCUGGAAAAUCGCUCUGAUCCCUCAAAUUUUUUACCAACUGAAAGUUAAACUUUUGCCCUAGUCUCAUAUUUGUUUUAACCUCUUGCUGGCUUUACCAUUCCCACAGCAUGAUGCUGCCACCAUCGUAUGUUGCAGUGGUUUGUUUAAUGUUAAUGUGCACUUGUCGUUUUCUGAAACACAUAGCACCUUCCAUAAAGUUUGCGGUUGUGUUGUGACAAAAUGUAAGAACUCUUAGGACUGGUUUUCCCUGAUAAUACAUAAUAAUUUUCCGUGUGAUUCACAUUCAUUCCCGGUAAAGACAAAACAAACAAAAAAGAGAAACCAUAGCAGAAACCCUGGAUAAUCUAUAUUCCAACAUUUCCAGUUUACAUUGAAGCCAUUGAACAAUUUUCGCAGUGCAAUAACCGGUUGAUACGUUGUAUAUAUGUUGCUUUAUAUGUGGGGAAUAAAAUGAAUGUAUGCUUUACAGAAAGAGGAAAAAAAAAGUGUGUUAAGAAAGACGUUCGGAAGUGAAGUUUAAGUAUUAGAGGCCUGCAAAACAUUCUGAGAAAAUUUGCUUUUUUAUCACCAUCAACCAUUGCUGAACAGUUCAUGCAAGUUGGAGUUUUUGGCGUAAAAAACUCAGUUUGAUUAAUGUUUAGUUGCAAAAUAAUUUAUCAAGCAAGUAGGGAAGGCGGAACAUGAUUAUAUUUAUGUUAAAAAGGGCAGAAGUAUGUUGUAACCUGUUGUUUGUCAGAGAGAGAUCAGAGGAUUUGAAUAUAUUCCAGCUGCAUAUUAAAUGUUAAUGUAAGUUGUAACUUUUCUUUUUAUACUUGAAUGCACUUGUGACCAUUCCAUAUUAAAGGUAAACUGACAAUAUCAAAAGCUUGAGAUGCUCAAAUGAAUCGAGUCAAAUAAAUAUCUUUCUAUAAGCCUUAAAGCAGACAAUGCUGCAUUUUUAACAUGAAGCUGGCAAUUAGCUGCAUGUGUAAAUACUCCCAGAAUGAUGCUUCUGUGUCAGGAGGAGUAGCUCUUCCCACCUUUCCUGGUUCUCCACCAGAACAACAAAUUCCUUUUCAUUCGCUGACUCACAGCAUAACAGCAUCAGCACAUUGCUAAAUAUUUACUCAGUGUAUCUUUUGAGUGACAGGAACUUCUGCUUCUUGGUGUCUUUGCUCCCUCAGCAGGUUCGAGCCUAUCACUGUCAUGGAUAAAUUUCAGCCCAGGUCACCUCUGACAACAAGCUGCAGAUUUCCUCAAACAGAUACAAAGAAAAAA